GAAUGGGAGCUGGUGGUGCUGGGGAAGUUGAAGUGGAACCUUGCAGCUGUUACCCCACAUGAUUUCAUUGAACACAUCCUAAGGAAGCUGCCUCUGCCUAAAGACAAGUUGCUUUUGAUCCGGAAGCACGCACAGACAUUCAUUGCCGUUUGUGCCACAGAUUUUAACUUUGCCAUGUACCCACCAUCAAUGAUAGCAACUGGAAGUGUGGGAGCAGCCAUCUGUGGCCUUCAGCUCGAUGAUGGAGACAGCCUCACAGACCUCCUGGCCAAGAUCACAAACACAGAUGUG